GCAAGUCUCAAAUCAUCAGAAGUUGCUUCAGUACAGAAUCCACAUCCAUGAGAUAUUUGAACAAAUCUGUUUUCAGCAAAGAUUUUACACUGGUUAUACCAUUACCUCAUUUCUGGUGUGUGUUUCCUCAGAUGACUGAUCUUAUUUUAAUGAAAUGAAGAUGGAACAGGAAAUCAUUAUUUUCAUUUGUUUGUUAAAAGGUGUUUGGUGUGGAGAUUUGAACAUCAGUCUGCCAGAGAAGAUUGAAGCUCUGAGAGGAUCCUGUGUGACCAUAAACUGCAGAUUUGAUAUUAAUAACACAUAUGACAAAGAUCUCACUGACAGUGCUGCAGGAGUGUGGUAUAAAGAUGGGGAUGAUACAAAGAAAGUGUUUGACUCCAACAAGCCUAAAUUCUUAUUUAAAGGGAAAAUAUCUGGAAAAUUAAAAGACAAGGACUGUACUACCAUUUUUUAUAACGUUACUUCAAAAGACAAAGGCAGAUAUAAGUUCAGGAUUGAGGGCAAUGGUAAACUGAAAUAUACCUAUAAACAAUCUGUUUCAAUAAAUGUGAUCGACUCUCCCCGCAAACCCACAGUGCAGAUGUUUAAGGAUCAGAUGGAGGUUAAGGUUCAUGAGGAGGUGUUAGAGGGGAGCUCUAUGUGUCUGCGCUGCUCUGCUAAGACUCUCUGCUCCUCUUCUCCACCAACUCUCACAUGGAGCUCCACUGACAGACUCCACCUCAAUGAGAGCAGCAGACUACAGCUGGAUCAACAGAAACAAACUGAGAUCAUCUCUGAUCUGAACUUCACUGCUACUCACCUUCAACAUGGAGUCACUUUCAUCUGCACUAUAACCUACCAGCUACAGCAGAGGAACACAACAGCACAGAGCAAAAUCACAUUACGUGUUGAGUAUGCUCCUAAAAACACAUCAGUGUCUGUGUUUCCAUCUAACUCUGUACUGGAGGGCAGUUCAGUGACUUUGAUCUGUAGCAGUGAUGGAAAUCCAGCAGUGUUCAACUACACCUGGUACAGAGAGAAUAGAGGACAGCUGCAGACUGGAUAUAAUCUCACCUUUAAAGUGACUGAUCGUACACACACAGGACGCCACUACUGUCAAGCCAGAAACAAACAUGGCAAACAUAACACAUCAGUGUUGCUGGACAUUCAGUAUGCUCCUAAAAACACAUCAGUGUCUGUGUUUCCAUCUAACUCUAUACUGGAGGGCAGUUCAGUGACUUUGAUCUGCAGCAGUGAUGGAAAUCCAGCAGUGUUCAACUACACCUGGUACAGAGAGAAUGGAGGACAGCUGGAGGAUCAGACUGGAUAUCUCACCUUCAAUGUGACUGAUCGUACACACACAGGACCCUACUCCUGUCAAGCCAAAAACCAAUAUGGUACUCAAAACACAUCAGUGUUGCUGGACAUUCAGUAUGCACCCAAAAUCUCUCCCUUCAGCUGUAACAGAACUGAUGUAACUGUGUGUUUGUGUGAGGCUCAUGGGAAUCCCUCUCCUAAAGUGGAGUGGUUUCUAUCUGGACGUCCUGUCAGUAACUCUACAAACACAUUCAUCAGUGAGGAGCGAUUGAGCAGCACAGAUUUGAGGAGCUUCAUUUCUCUCCAUCAGUCACUUACACACACAGACACUCUGCAGUGUGUUAUCAUCAACACUCACAGCACCGCCAGUCAUCAGAUUCAACUGCUUCACUGUUCUCAUGAGACAACAGGUUUCAGUCUUUUCUCUGUGCUGAUUGGAGCUGCUAUUGGAGCUUCAGUAAUGAUGAUCUUGUGGGUCAUUCAACAUCUCUGUAAUCGAUCCUUAAAGUCAAGACGAGAAGAUACCACUGGACUUGUUCUGACUGACAGGGAGAACGAAGAACCUGUUUAUGGCAAUAAAACUGACGAAGAAACUUCAAUGAAUUGCCAAGAAUCCCUUCAUUAUUCCUCCAUUGACUUCACAAACACCCAAAUAGAGUCAGAAGAGAUCAGAGGCGUCUCCUCACUUACUGCUGAUUAUGCUGUUCUCCAACAUUAUUCAGGACAAGAGGAAGCAAAGAGCUCUGUGGGAAACGUUGAACCUCUGGACAACAGCAACAUAUCAACAGUUAAGAUAACAUACAGUAAAGCAAGAGAUCUACAAUUUAACAUCAGUACAGACACUGAGCAAGAUCAGUCAAAGAAAACAGAUUUGCACUCAGAUGAAGAUAUUUAUGCUGAAGUAAAACGCUGCCACCUAAAGAACUAAACGGUCACUUUCUAAAAUUUGGAAAUUUGUGCCAUGACAUUUUACAUUUUAAACAGUCAUUCCAAAGAUUUUAAAAAAUAUUUCUACAGAGACUAAUUGUGAUUAUUGUGCAAUUAACAUGAUUUUAUGUUUUUCCUUUACAUGUAUUUUUGUGUGUGUAUAAUAUUUUUCGUAGUUGAAUUUAAUUAUUUUCUUUAAUCUAUGAUUGUAGGGAUCCUCAAGCAUAUUAAAAUUAAAAUCAUAAACUUUUGUUAGGUUUGAAAAUAUAUCUACAGGAAUAUGCUGAUGUGAACAUUAAUAGAUUAAAAACACCCUUGGAUAAAACAACAAUAGCAAUAUACAAUGAAAACUUUGCAAUGUUUAUUCAUUGUUAACCUUGAUUGUUUUGAGUUAUUUUAUUAAUUUUUAAUUGUUGUUUUGUGUGCUCUAUGAUUGUGUGUGUUGAAUAUAAACAUGAAUAUAAAAUUGAAAUUAACAAGUUUAUUUCCUCAUUAUUUUAAUUUUAAUAACUGUACUGGGACCAGUAGAGGGCAGCUUUAUGCAUUCAGUAAGUUGUUUGCUUCCUUGAUGUCACCAACGUCAGAGGGAAAAAGUAGGCCUACUUUAUAUAAUCAUAUUUUAUUAUACUACAGUAUAAUAAAUGUUUUCAAAAUUAACAUUACAACUAGACUCAUCAGAUUAACUGUCAUGUUAAUGUUAAUACAUGUAGUUUGGAAUGUGGAUAACUCACAUGCAUGUAAUUUAAAAUUGUUAGUUUUGUAUUUAAUUAUUGUACUAUUAUUCAGUUUAUUUUAUGCACAUAUGCCAGAGGAAGCUGAAGACUGA